AUGGCUACACAUGCAUUUCCCAGUGAUACCAUGGCCAACCGAAGAGGGAAAUGUAAAGCCAUCACACUAAGAAGUAGAAGAGUUGUAGAAGAAGCAACCCCAGGCCAAAGAAUCCAAGAAGAAAAAGCUGCAAGGGAACCUGAAACCAAGAAGGAAGAAGAGACUCCUGCACCAUCCUCACCAAAGCAAGUCCUAAAGCCUUAUGUGCCCAAGGCACCCUAUCCACAAAGACUGCAGAAGGAUGGAAAAGACAGCCAGUUCUCUAGAUUCUUAGAAAUCUUCAAGAAGCUCCAGAUCAACAUACCUUUUUCUGAGGCAAUAGAGCAAAUGUCACUCUAUGCCAUAUUUUUAAAGGAGCUCAUGACAGGAAAGAGGAAUUGGGGAGAGAAAGAGACUAUAGUGCUCACUGAGGAGUGUAGUGCCAUAAUAAAAAAGAAGCUUCCCCAGAAACUAAAAGAUCCUGGGAGCUUCCAAAUCCCCUGUAUCAUUGGGGAUAUGAACAUUGAGAAGGCACUAUGUGAUCUAGGAACCAGCAUCAACCUCAUGUCUUUGGCAAUGAAGAAAAUGAUGAGGAUUGAGGAGGCCAAACCAACUAGAUUGGCACUCCAAUUGGCUGACAGAAUAUUCAAAUUCCCCCAUGGUGUAGUGGAGGAUUUUUUUGGACAGAGGAAAGACAAGCUAGUACAUGAUAUCUACUAUGCUAGCAAAGUUCUCAAUGAGAAUCAAAGGAACUACACUACUACAGAGAAGGAACUUUUAGCUAUAAGCUUUACUUUUGAUAAAUUCAAAUCAUAUCUUAUUGGCUCUAAAGUUACUAUUUUCACUGAUCAUGCAGCCUUCAAAUAUCUGCUGACCAAGCAAGAAUCUAAGCCUAGGUUGAUAAGGUGGGUCUUGUUCCUUGAAGAAUUCAACAUAGAGAUAAAAGAUAGAAGUGGGGCGGAGAACAAAGUGGCUGACUACCUAUCAAGAAUCCCACAUGAAGAGGAUGAAGCACAGCAAUUUGAAGUGAAUGAAAGCUUCCCUGAUGAGCAGUUGAUGAUGAUUCAAGAAAGCCCUUGA